AACCUAUAUAGACCACUCUUGUCACCCACUCAGAACUCACCGAAGCCCACGCACCCCUGCCCCAAACCUGUAUAGACAACUCGUCGCUGAAGCAUACACUGCAAGAAGUUCAGGAGAAUCAAUGGCUAAAUCAUCUUCACCAGAGCAUGAACACCCGCAGAAGGCCUUUGGCUGGGCUGCCAGAGACGAAACUGGAAUUCUUUCUCCCUUCAAUUUCUCCAGGAGAGCAACAGGCGAAAAGGAUGUGAAAUUUAAGAUUUUGUUCUGUGGAAUCUGUCAUUCUGAUCUGAACAAAGUUAAGAAUGAGAGGAGGAAUUCCAAGUACCCUCUUCUUCCCGGGCAUGAGAUUGUGGGAGUAGUGACAGAGGUGGGGAGCAAGGUUCAAAAGUUUAAAGUGGGAGACAGAGUAGGCGUGGGGUGCAUGGUCGGGGCUUGCCACUCCUGUGACAGCUGCAAUAAUGACCUUGAGAAUUACUGCUCCAAAAUGAUACUAACCUAUGGUGUCACUUACUACGACGGAACCACCACGUACGGCGGCUAUUCCAACAUGAUGGUGGCCGACGAGCGCUACGUGAUUCGAAUUCCCGAUAACCUGCCUCUCAAUGGUGCUGCUCCUCUCCUAUGUGCCGGGAUCACGGUGCACAGCCCAUUCAAAUACUUCGGCCUUACCGAGCCCGGCAAGCAUGUGGGCGUGGUUGGCCUUGGUGGCGUAGGACAUGUUGCUGUGAAGUUUGCAAAGGCCUUUGGGGCUAGAGUUACAGUGAUUAGUACCAAUCCUAGAAAGAAGAAGGAUGCUUUAGAACAACUUGGUGCCGACGGGUUCCUCACCAGUACUGACCAAGAUCAGAUGAAUGCUGCCAUGGGCACACUAGACGGUAUCAUCGACACGGUCUGUGCCGUUCAUCCAAUCUUACCAUUGCUUGGCCUAUUGAAGCCCCAUGGAAAGCUUGUCUUGGUUGGGGUACCAAACGGACCGCUUGAGCUACCCGUAUUUCCUCUGCUUUCAGGGAGGAGAUUGGUUGCUGGGAGUGGCAUUGGGGGGAUGAAGGAGACGCAAGAGAUGAUUGAUUUUGCUGCAAAACACAACAUAACAGCUGAUAUCGAGGUCAUUCCAAUGGACUACGUGAACACGGCCAUGGAGCGUCUCGAGAAAGCUGAUGUUAGAUAUCGCUUCGUCAUCGACAUUGGAAACACAUUAGCUGCUGCCUAGUUUAAGUCAAGAUUGGCUUGCGUGCAAUAUAUAUCUUGGUUGUUUUGGUUUUCUGGGUGAGUUUGUGUUUUAUAUCUUUGCUGUUUUCUUUUUCUCUUUUUAUUCCUCCAUGGUUUUGGAGGUCCUUUUCUCUUUUGGGUGUUGUCUGUAGGGGUUUGUGAUUUCUUAUUGUUCAACCUUGUAUGAUUUUUGAUAUUCGAAUAAAUAUAUGCCUCGACAAGAGAGGGUAUGGUCGUGGGUGAUUGAUGAUA